AUGUCUUUCUUUUUUUAUCCUUUUUUUUUCUUUUCUUCUUUUUCAGUUUUUCUUUUUUUACUGUGUUAUUAUUUACACAUUCAUUUUUUUUUACGUACUCCUCUUUCUGUAUCUUGCUUUCUAUAUUUUCUUUUUCUUUCUUUCCUUCCUCGCUUCCUUCCUUCCUUCUUUCUUUACUUUCGUGUUUUUUUUUUUUAUCUAUUUUCGUUUUUAUUUUUCUCCACUUUCUUUCUUUCAUUGAUCUUAUAUGUCUCUAUAUUGUUUUAUUUAUAUCUUUCUUUCAUACUUUCUUUCUUUCUUUCUUUCUUUCAUACUUUCUUUCUUUCAUAUUUUCUUUCUUUCUUUCUUUCUUUCUUUCUUUCUGACACUUUUUCAUCUAGUUUGUCUCUUCUGUUUAGUUCCGUUUUUGUUUUCCGCCACUUCUUCUUUAUUUUUUCUUUAUUUAUUUCGUUUUUAUCUUUUUCCUCCAUUAUUUCUUUCGUUUUCCUUCUCUCUUUUUUCUUACUUUUUUUUUCUGUUGUUUCUAUAAUUAUUAUCCGUUUUUUCUUUCCGUUUCUUCUUCCUAUAUUUAAUACUUUCCUCGUUUGUUUCUUCCUUCCAGUAGUUUAUUUCUUUUUCUUUUCUUUUUUAAUUUUCCGUUUAUUUUAUUUUAUUUUCUAUAUUUUUUCCUUCACAUUUCUUUUUUUAGAGUUUUUUUUUUAUUUUCUUACUUUUUUCUUCAUUUCUUUUCCUUUCCUCUCAGUGAUUCUUAUUCUGUUCAAUCAUAUUUUUCUUUUAUUAUCUCUCUUACCUUUAUCUUAUUGUUCCCUCAUCCUCAAAAUUUUCCCUCCUCCUCAUAUCAUUAACAGCUUCAAUAUAUUCUCUUUUCCAUUCCUAUAUCUGUACAUUUUGUGUAGUUUAUCUCCAUUGCAUAUUGAAGUAUUUUUCUUAUUCCCACGCACUUAA